AUGGCUCCCAAGGUUGCUAUUGUCUACUACUCGAUGUACGGCCACAUCCAGAAGCUGGCCGAGGCUGAGAAGAAGGGUAUUGAGGCCGCCGGUGGUGAGGCCACUAUCUACCAGAUUGCUGAGACUCUCCCUGAGGAGGUCCUCACCAAGAUGCACGCUCCUGCCAAGUCCGCCUACCCCAUUGCUGAGCCUACCGACCUUCUGGAGUACGAUGCCGUUCUCUUCGGUGUCCCCACCCGUUACGGUAACUUCCCUGCUCAGUGGAAGACCUUCUGGGACAAGACCGGCUCCAUCUGGGCCUCCGGCGGCUACUGGGGCAAGUAUGCUGGUGUCUUCGUUUCCACCGGUACCCCCGGUGGUGGCCAGGAGUCCACUGUCAUUGCCUCCAUGAGCACUCUCGCUCACCACGGCUUCAUCUACGUUCCUCUGGGUUACAAGACCGCCUUCCCUCUCCUUGCCAACCUCGAGGAGGUCCACGGUGGUUCCCCCUGGGGUGCCGGUACCUUCGCUGGUGCCGACGGUUCCCGCCAGCCCACCGCUCUCGAGCUUCAGAUCGCCGAGACACAGGGCAAGUCCUUCUACGAGGCUGUUGCCAAGGUCAACCACCAGUGA